AAGCACGUUCUUCUCGCUCUGAUUCUCGACAGCUGGGGAGAGAGAGAUUCACUCAGCCUCGUCAGUCGUCAUUGUAUUGUAGCGUCCAAAAUUGAAAUUCUAAAAUAUACCAAUACUAUGAACCGCUUCACCCCAGUCUUCCAGUUCAUCCGUGCCGUAUUGUAGAUCUGCAUCAGAUUCCUGUUCGACUUCCAAACAACUUCUCUCGCUUUCUCUCUCUGAGUGCUGCAGUUUCGAAAGUGAGAUAUCGAGGAAUUUCUGUUUACUGCGGAAGGAUGAGGGGAGCUGUGCUUGUUGCUAUUGCCGCUUCAAUUGGCAACUUGCUGCAAGGCUGGGAUAACGCAACAAUUGCAGGGGCUGUUCUCUACAUCAAGAGAGAGUUUAAUUUGCAAUCUGAACCAACCAUCGAAGGGCUAAUUGUGGCUAUGUCCCUCAUUGGCGCCACAAUUAUUACAACUUUCUCUGGACCUGUAUCAGAUUCCCUUGGACGACGUCCAAUGCUGAUAAUCUCAUCUGUGCUUUAUUUCCUUAGCAGUCUGGUAAUGUUAUGGUCCCCAAACGUCUAUGUUCUACUUGUCGCAAGGCUAAUGGAUGGGUUCGGAAUUGGUCUUGCUGUUACUCUUGUUCCUGUUUAUAUAUCUGAGACAGCCCCUCCCGAAAUAAGGGGAUCGUUAAAUACGCUCCCGCAAUUCACUGGGUCUGCUGGCAUGUUUUUGUCAUAUUGCAUGGUCUUUAGAAUGUCACUGAUGAAUUCACCGAAGUGGCGGUUGAUGCUCGGGGUUCUUUCCAUUCCUUCUCUUGUUUAUUUUGCUUUAACAGUAAUGUUCUUGCCUGAAUCUCCUCGAUGGUUGGUGAGUAAAGGGAAGAUGGCGGAGGCUAAGCAGGUUUUACAGAGACUAUGUGGCAGGGAAGAUGUCUCAGCUGAAAUGGCUUUGCUAGUCGAAGGUCUGGGCAAAGGAGGUGAGACAUCUUUAGAAGAGUAUGUCAUUGCCCCAGUCAAUGAGCUCACUGACAGCCAGGAGCAUGAUCAGCAGAGAGACAAUAUCAGGUUAUAUGGUGCAGAGGAAGGCGUCUCAUGGAUUGCACAACCUGUCACUGGUCAGAGCACCCUUGGUUUAGCAUCCCGACAUGGGAGUGUGGUAAACCGGAGCAGCAAAUCUUUUAUUGAUCCUAUGGUCACUCUCUUCGGAAGUAUUCAUGAGAAAAUGCCUGAGAUGGGAAGCAGACGAAGCAUGUUAUUUCCUACCUUUGGCAGCAUGUUCAAUGUAGCAGAGCAAAGUCGGAAUGAACAAUGGGAUGUAGAAAGCCUCCAUAGAGAUGGUGAGCAUCAAAUAUCUGAUGAUUCUGGGGUUGAGUCAGAUGACAACAUACAUAGCCCAUUGUUAUCACGUCAUGGUACAAAUGUGGAAAAGGACAUGGGAGUUCCUGUCUCUAAUGGCAGUGUAUUGAGCACGAGACUCCAAAGCAGUAUGAUGCAAGGAGGUGCUGGUGAGACAGUCAGUGGCAUGGACAUUGGUGGUGGUUGGCAGCUGGCAUAUACAUGGUCUGAGGGGAAAGUUGAAGAUGGAAAAAAGUCAGAACUUAAAAGGAUCUAUUUGCACCAAGAGAAUGCCCCUGGAUCUCGUCAUGGGUCCAUUUUAUCACUUCCCGGUGGUGAUGCCAUUGCAGAAGGCGAACUCAUACAUGCUUCUGCUUUGGUAAGUCAAUCUGCUCUUUAUUCCAAAGAACUUAUUGGCCUUCUCCCGAUUGAACCAGAGAUGGUUCAGCCAUCCCAAACUGCUGUGAAAAGGCCAAGUUGGGCUGAUCUUUUUGAGCCUGGCGUCAAGCACGCAUUAAUUGUUGGUGUAGGAAUUCAGAUACUUCAGCAGUUUUCUGGCAUAAAUGGGGUUCUGUACUAUACUCCUCAAAUUCUUGAGCAAGCAGGUGUUGGAAUUCUUCUGUCCAAUAUGGGCCUUCGUUCUGACUCUGCAUCUCUGCUUAUAAGUGCUUUUACAACUUUGUUGAUGCUUCCAAGCAUAGGUAUUGCUAUGAGACUAAUGGAUAUUGCAGGCAGAAGGCGGCUGUUGCUAUCUACAUUACCUGUCUUGCUAUUUUCACUUGUCAUACUGGUUAUCGGCAACGUUGUUGACAUGGGUUCUGUCAUCCACGCUAUAAUCUCAACCGGUAGCGUCAUUGUCUACUUCUGCUGUUUUGUCAUGGGCUUUGGACCAAUUCCCAACAUCCUCUGCUCGGAAAUCUUUCCGACCCGUGUCCGUGGCCUCUGCAUUGCCAUAUGUGCCCUAACAUUCUGGUUUGGAGACAUCACCAUCACUUACACACUCCCUGUCAUGCUCAGUUCCAUGGGCCUCGGGGGAGUGUUCGGAAUGUACGCUGUUGUGUGCACAAUUGCAUGGGUGUUUGUUUUUCUGAAGGUUCCUGAAACAAAGGGAAUGCCCCUUGAAGUCAUCACAGAGUUCUUUGCUCUUGGUGCAAAGCAAACCGCUGUUCCUGCAUAAAACUGACAGCGAUAAGAGUAUUAAAGUUUUGGCCGGCCUCGUUUCUUGACGAUACAAGUUGCAAACUAUGUCGACGAGAUACUGGCAAUAUGAAAGGUGGGUUGCAGCUGAAAAACAAGGUCAUGGAGAUCAUCUGGCAAGAAGAAUAUUAAGACUUUCAGGACAGGACAGGGCAUAUAUCGGGUUUUCUUUUCUUUUCUUUUUCUGUUUUAAGUAAUUAAAGGGCCAAAUCGCGGGGUUUUCAUGUAGCCCUGACAUGCACUUUGUAGCUGCCUUUGAUUGUGAUGGAUUUUGUUCUUUGAUGUUUGA